CCAUCCAUCCAUCCAUCCAUCAAUUACUUUCCCCCUAUUCCAUUCCCAUAUCCCAUAUCCCAUAUCCGUAAUUACCUCCACAAAAGAGGGCAUUUUAUCCUCCAACACUCUCCAACACCUGACGCCGCACUGCAACUCAUCAACACCGCCACCCCCAACAAUCCGUUAUAGAGAGAGAAAAUAAGGGAGAAUCAAAUUCAUCAAAUUUCAUGCUCUGUUAAAUCGAUUGAUUCUCGAUCAUCGGGAUGGCGGUUCCGGAAGCCGAUCGCCGCCGUACUAGGGAUCGGCCGGCGGUGGUGCCGCCUGUUCGACCGAGAGUGCCUCUGAGGAAGGUGUUCAGAGUAGCCUCAGUGGCUUGCGGAAUACAGUUCGGAUGGGCUCUACAGCUCUCUCUCUUGACUCCCUACGUUCAGGAGCUAGGGAUUCCUCACGCCUUCGCCUCCGUGAUAUGGCUCUGCGGCCCGAUCUCCGGCUUCUUCGUGCAGCCGCUGGUCGGCCACAUGAGCGAUCGCUGCACCAGCAAGUUCGGCCGCCGGAGGCCCUUCAUCGUUGCCGGAGCCGCUUCGAUUAUCGUCGCCGUUGUCAUCAUCGGAUACGCUGCCGAUAUUGGAUGGUUGUUUGGUGACAGAAAUAGAGGCGAAGUUAAGGUGGCUGCGAUCUGUGCGUUUGUGGUAGGGUUUUGGUUGCUCGAUGUUGCUAAUAAUGUGACUCAGGGACCUUGCAGAGCUCUGCUUGCCGAUCUCACAGGUAACGAUCAACGCAGAAAUCGAGUGGCAAAUGCAUAUUUUUCACUGUUUAUGGCUGUGGGUAAUAUACUUGGCUAUGCUACUGGAUCAUACAGCGGUUGGUUCAAGAUUUUCACAUUCACAGUCACCUCUGCAUGCGAUGCUAACUGUGCCAAUCUCAAGUCUGCUUUCUUUCUUGACAUUGCUUUCAUUGCUAUCACUACAUAUAUAAGCAUUUCAGCCACCGAUGAGCUGCCCCUGAACCAUGGGUCCUCCCACUUGCAUGAACAAAUGCCUGAACAGUCGAGCCAUGCUGAAGAAGCUUUCUUCUGGGAACUGUUUGGAACAUUUAAAUAUCUCUCGGGGCCCAUUUGGGUUAUCUUGCUUGUUACUUCUUUGACUUGGAUUGGCUGGUUUCCGUUUCUUCUCUAUGAUACUGAUUGGAUGGGUCGAGAUAUAUAUGGAGGUGAGCCAAAUGAAGGGAAGAAUUAUAAUCUUGGAGUCAGCAUGGGCGCAUUUGGUCUGAUGUUGAAUUCAGUGCUUCUUGGUACAACUUCAUUGCUCAUGGAGAUAUUGUGCCGGAAAUUGGGGUCCGGUGUUGUGUGGGGGAUUUCAAACAUCAUGAUGUCUCUGUGCUUUGUAUUAAUGAUCAUAAUUUCCUACAUUGCAAACAAUAUGGAUAAAGUAGGUGAUAAUCUACCUCCAAAUGGUGUUGUAGCUGCUGCAGUAGUAGUUUUUGCUAUUCUUGGGAUUCCUUUGGCAAUCACUUACAGUGUUCCAUAUGCCUUGAUAUCUACACGUAUUGAGUCUUUAGGACUUGGCCAAGGUUUAUCAAUGGGUGUUCUGAAUCUGGCAAUUGUGAUCCCACAGAUUGUGGUUUCUCUCGGGAGUGGACCAUUGGAUCAGCUAUUUGGUGGUAGUAACUCACCAGCUUUAGCUGUGGCAGCAGUUGCAGCCUUUGUCGGUGGGCUUAUAGCCAUCUUGGCUAUUCCACGAUCCAGGCCUAUUAAGUCCAGGGGCCACCAAUGAGGUUAUGGUGUCUAUCAGAAUUGGACCGUUUGGUGUUGGUAAGUCACCAGCUCUAGUGGUGGCAGCAGUUGCAGCCGUUGUCAUUGGGCUUAUAGCCAUUUUGUCUAUUCCAUGAUGCAGGUCUGAUAAGUCCAGAAACCACCAAUGAGGUAAUUUAUUGUAUCAAAUUUUUGCAUUAUUUACACGGAAAGUAAAAUGUGGACAAGUAUCAAGAAUUUUGUAAGUAUAUAUUGUUCUGUUGAUUUAUAAUAGUGUCAAUUCAUUUUAAAUUUUCCUUACUAAA